UAUGAUCAAGAGAGAAGGAAUACACACUCCCCUAAUUUCAGCUAUUGAAGAAAUGAUACUGGAAUUUCUCUCCUUGUUUGCUGCCUUUUUCUUUGUUAUUUUCUUCAUUAAAAAACAAUGGCAGAAUCUUCCUCCAAGUCCUAUAGCCUUACCAAUUAUAGGUCAUCUUCAUCUUCUUGGACCUUUAAUUCACCAAUCUUUUCGCGACAUUUCUCUCCGUUACGGCCCAUUAUUCCAUCUCAAGCUCGGUUCAGUUUCGUGUAUCGUAGCUUCAACUCCUGAAUUAGCUCAAGAAUUCUUAAAAACACAUGAACUUACAUUUUCUUCAAGAAAACAUUCCAUUGCCAUUGCAAACCUUACCUAUAACUCGUCGUUUGCGUUUUCGCCUUACGGUCCUUAUUGGAGAUUUAUUAAGAAAAUCAGUACUUUCGAGCUUUUAGGAAAUCGAAUGAUGAAUCAGUUUCUUCCUGUCAGAACUAAAGAAUUGCAUAAUUUUCUUUACGGGUUCUACGAAAAAUCAAAAGUUGGCGAAAAUGUUAAUGUAACCGAAGAGUUGAUUAAAUUUUCUAAUAAUGUAAUAUCUCAAAUGAUGCUUGGUGUGCGAUCUUCUGAUUCAGACAGUGAAGCUGAGACUGUAAGAUUUGUGAUCCGUGAAGUCACACAGAUUUUUGGGGAGUUUAAUGUUUCUGAUUUUAUUUGGUUGUUUAAGAAUAUAAAUUUUCAGGGUUUUCGGAAGAGAGUUGAUGAUAUUUUUAUAAAAUAUGAUGGGUUGCUUGAGAGGUUAAUUACAGAACGUGAGAAACAAAGGAAUAAAAAUGAGAUUAAGCAUCAAAGUUUUGAUUUUCUUGAUGUAAUGCUUGAUUUUAUGGAGGAUGAAAAUGCAGAAAUCAAAUUGACAAGGGACCAUAUCAAGGCCUUGUUUUUGGAUUUUUUCACAGCAGCAACGGAUACAACAGCAAUAACACUGGAAUGGGCAUUAGCAGAACUGAUAAAGAAUCCACAAGUUCUUGAAAAAGCCAGAGACGAAAUCAAUAGAGUGGUCGGAAAUAAAAGAAUUGUUCAAGAAUCAGACAACUCAAAUCUGCACUACAUUCAAGCAAUUUUAAAAGAAACUUUCAGAUUACACCCACCAAUACCAAUGUUAGCAAGAAAAUCAAUUCAAGAUUGCCAUAUCAACGGCUACAAAAUUCCUGCAAAUUCUUUGCUAUUCGUCAACAUUUGGGCUAUUGGUAGAGACUCAAAAUACUGGAAAAACCCGUUGAGUUUUGAACCUGAAAGAUUUUUGAAUUCAAGAAAAUUUGAUCUGAGAGGUCAGAAUUAUGAGUUGCUGCCGUUUGGUAGUGGAAGAAGAAGUUGUCCUGGAAUUGGAUUAGCAAUGGCCGAAUUGCCGACUACACUUGCGGCUAUGAUUCAGUGCUUUGAUUGGACGGUGCUUAAUCCUCCUGAUAUGACUGAACGGCCAGGAUUGACUGCUCCGAGAAUGCAUGAUCUUGUAUGUAAUCCUGUGGCUCUCAUUCCGUGUGUUCUUGAUCCGUUGUUGUCUAGUGGUUGAAUUUGAAGUGGGGUGGUGUUGUUUGGGUUUAUUAUAUUUUUGCAAAUAUUGUUAUUAUGAACUUGUUAGUAUUUGUUGUGCCUUGUGUGAUGAAUAAAGUGGUAAAUAAAAUUUAAAA